AUAACUAAAGUAAAUAUGGAAGAAUUGCACAAUUUCAAUGCUGAUGAAAGAAGGCAAAAUUUAACAGAGAAUAAAGAAAACAACUUUAGCGUUGACAAAAGGCAAAUUGACGAUAUCGAAAAACUAAUAAUAAUAAACUUGACGGAAGUUAAAGAAAACAACAUCGAUGUUAAGGAAAAUCGAACUGAAAGCUUUUACUUACUUGACAAUGCACAAAAAAUAUUAGAGCAAACAUCGAACAUCAAUUUGACUAAUGAUACUGAAAUUUAUGGUGAACCUUUUAAAUUUACCGACUUUCUUCAAAAUUUAAUAGAAGUUAUCAAAACAUUUGAAGACAGGGAACUAGAGAAUUUCGCCAGUACUUUCAAUAACGAAAUAAGAAGGUGUAAUCAUGAUAAUUGCGCUUUUGAUGAACUGUUUAGUAAUUUUAACAAUAGAAAUUACAUUACUCAUAAAAUGAGAAACUUUGAAAAUAUCCCAGCUGCAGAAUUGAGACAUAAACUUACUGAGUUCCAGAAGCAAAUUAAAUCUGAAAAUUUGGAAAGCAGUACCAGAUAUGUAAUUGAUUACAUUAAUAAUAUAACAUACAAGAACUCUCAAGACAAACUCAUGACUGUCCUAAACAAUUUCAAAACUCUUAGUGGUGAAACAAAUCGUAAUGCUAGUGAUUUUAAAAAUUUGUUAAAAGAAGACAUGAAAAUUAUAUUUUUCGAUCACUACGCUAGUCUUGACAGAAAAAUUCAACUAAAUCUCGGUAAGCUGCUAAAUGAAUAUGUAAUACCUGUUGAACAGACCCUAGGACGUUCGUUUAAAAGAUGGCACCCAGGGAAUAAUAUCAAUGAAACUGAAGAAGAUAACUUUGAUGAUAUUGACCUUUUUGGAAUACGUGGAUUGUUAGAACAUAAGAUAGUUAAACGACAAAUUAUUGUACAGAAUCGAUCAGCAAUAUUAAAUACAUCGACAAAUAAGAAUCUCGAAGCUUAUAAACACAAAAUCAUAAACAAUGUUGAACAUAAACGCAAGCCAGCUACGGAAGUUAUACCGCGUUUAACUAUUGCAUCCCCUAUGGCUUACGUGAAUAGGACUGCAUUAAGAAAUAAGAAGAGGCGUAAACUCAGAAAACGUAGAAAGAAAAGCAAACGACGAGGUCGUAGUCGUGGUAAAAAGAAUGGUAAGUCGGUGAAUCAUAAGGGUUCGAAAGCUUUACGUACUGGUAAGAAGAUAGAAAACAAUUAUUUUGGACCAAGUAAUUCUUCAGAUUCUUUACUAUCAAGGUUAAGGAAUAAAGGAGUUGUUGGAAAUGCUACGAGGAGGCUUGUAUAUGCCUCCGGGCCACUUCUCCGUGGACGGGAUCAGAAUAAGUAUAACAAAAAACUUAAUAAGUUGACUAAUAACAAUAAUAGAUAUAAAGGAGUACCAAAUAAUAAACAAAAAAUGGCAAAACCUCAACAAAUUCAGAAAAUUCGAGGAGACGGCAGGGGAAAGGGAAAAGGAAAGAAUAGACUACAACAGCCAAAUCGUGGAAUGAUAGGUGUCAACGUAUCAGCUCAUGUAUCAGUUGGGUAUGAUGGUAGAGGUUUCCCAAUGUACGGUUACCCAAACUAUGGUAAUAGACCUAGAAAGACUACUCGACAGAUGGCAUAUUAUGACUCUGAAUCCUCCGACUCCAAUACCGGGAAACGUCCACCGAAUAAAAAUAAAAACAAGUUUGACUCCGACGAUGCAUCCAGCGACUACGUAGACUAUUACGAUUUCCAACCGACUACUAGAAGACCACGACCGAAAUCCACUACAACUAGAAGAGGUAGAUUCACUAGUAGAAGCUGGAGAAGAACUACAAGACGAACGACACGGGGGCCGUUCAAUUAUGAUGGUUACGAUUAUGGUACAACUAGAGUGAAUAGACCUAAUCGACCUGUUACGCUAUGGCCAGGAGGACCAACAUUGAAUAUACAUUUUAGUACAUCGCGAUGUAGAGGCAAAAAUUGUUGUAAGACUGGUAAAUGCAAGCCAACGUUUAAGCCAUUUGUGACGAAACCUACCAUGACACCGUUCGAUGUAAAUGAGGAUUCUACAGCAACACCACCAAACAUCGAUAAUCCAGAUAAUCCAGAUCUAAUUACUCCAGAUAACGGUAAUCCAGAUCUUAUUACCCCAGAUGGUGAUAAUCCAGAUCUUAUUACCCCAGAUGGUGGUAAUCCAGAUAUUGAUAAUCCAGAUGGAGGUAAUCCAGAUCUUAUCACUCCAAUUGGUGAUAAUCCAGAUGGUGAUAAUCCAGAUGGAGGUAAUACAGAUCUUAUUACUCCAGAUGGUGAUAAUCCAGAUCUUAUUACUCCAGAUGGUGGUAAUCCAGAUGGUGAUAAUCCAGACAUUAUUAAUCCAGAUGGUAAUAAUCCAGACAUUAUUAAUCCAGAUGGUGAUAAUCCAGACAAUAUUAAUCCAGACGGUGAUAAACCAGAUCUUAUUACUCCAGAUGGUGAUAAUCCUGACUUUAAUCCAGAUGGUGAUCAUCCAGAUAUUAAUAAUCCAGAUGGUGAUAAUCCAGAUCUUAUUACUCCAGAUGGUGGAAAUCAAGAUGGAGAUAAUCUCGAUGGCGAGCAAGGUAGCAUGGAUAUAGAAAUAGAUAUAAAUGGACAGACUGAAAAUCCUGUACCGUCUGUUGAGAAACAAUCUUCAAGUGACGAAUUUGACGAUAUCGAAAUAGAUUUCACUAAGAACACUAAGAGUCCUGAUCAAGGGGAUGCAAUAUCAGAUGAGAAUGAUAUACACGUAGACAUGAAAUUGACUUCGCCAGGGGAAAAUUUAAUCAGCACUCAAAUUGAUGGAAAGUUAGAACCUGGAGAUGGUUUAGAGCCAAGCGGCCAGGCUGACGAACCAAUACCAAGCCCUGAUCUUCCGCCUGACAAUAUAAAUCUGGAGGAUGAAGAUAUAUUAGUGAGUAUUCCAGAUGGUGAUGGAACAGUUACCGAUCAUCCAAUAGAUGUAAUUGACCUUUCGCCUUCACAAGGAGAACAAACUAGUGUCACACUACCAGAUGGAGUUACUCUACCUGACGGUUUUACUUUACCAAAUGGUGGUGAAAACUGCAAAAUAUGCAAAGACUUGCCAAAAUAUACAUUGAUAGUACAGAAUGACAAAUUUAAGAUAGAAUUACAAAUUAUGCGUAAUCCCAUACUUCAAAAAGCUUCUAAAUUAAAAAAGACAGUGAAAAAGAAUUGUCCAUUGGCUGAAAAGUAGCAAACGACACACAGAAUUAAAUUCAAUCAGACAAGAUACCCUGGUCUUUAAACCUUCUUUUUUUCUUUUGACAUUACGAAACAUGAAAAAAAGAUCAAUAAUAUACCCAAUAAAUAAAGUCAGAGACAUAAUUUUUCAGCUGUUACUAUUCCACUGCAGGGCCUUUCCUUCCCUUCCUCCACUCAUUGCGAUUUAUCGAUCUCAUGAACAUCUAGCUUGUCACGAAAUCCUUAUCUGGAUCUUGCACAUCUCCGUGUUGCGUUUAGUGAGAUCCACUCCGUGGUGGUCUUUGCUCACAGCUCGCUUGACGUCGUUAGCCAGGUACCAACCAGGUCUGACAAUUUAACUUUCUAGAUAUUGCACCGUUCUGAUGAAACCCGAGUUCGAACUUCUGAGUGGAACUUUGUGCAGUUUUAAGUCUUUAUUGACCCAGUGUGUCCUACGGAGCCGACACGUGGACAUUAACAACAAGCCUGAUCUACAAAUUUAAAGUUGCUCGUGGUUCUAUUAUGGACCGAUGUAUGCUUUGGGUUUCUAUGAUGAAUCGGGUUCAUAAUGAAGUCAUACGUCAGAGGACUGAAUUGACCGACAAAGCUCACAAACUCAGUAAGUUUAAGAGACGGAGACAUGCCUGCAGGAGGGCUGAUAGUCGAUAGAGCAGACUUCUUCCAAAGUAGCGACCACGUAAAACGUAGAUUAGGCAGGGGCACGAUGUGGGUGUGACAGAUCUGAGAGAAUUGGCGUGCUCAGGGGGAAGCUAUAUCUAGUAGUAGAUGCGUGUAAGCUGAUGUAGUAUAGAGUCGUAACAUAAUAUUGAAAUUCAGUCUUAUAGAUUUCAAAAUGAUAUGCUGUAGUUACUAGCAUUUUGCAAAUUUGUUAGAUAAAAGUACUUAAUGUUACUCCUGUCAAUGACGUUCUGAUUUGUGGUAUAUUCGUAUAAGGGAGCUGAGUAAGGUCAUAAUCAAUUACAUUAAAAAUGUCAGAUACGAUGGCGGUGAGAAGAGAGGGGCUUUAUGUUAGAUAU